UGUUCGUGGGGGAAGGGACUGGGAGCUUCAUAAACAAGUAGGCAGUAGCUGAGUCUAGCAUAACAGAAAUGUCCCGUAGAAGAUUAGGCAACUUAGGCCGUGCUCUGUGGCAGAAAAGCUGCAACACGUCGCUCUGUGCAGGAUUAAAGAUUCCUGCUUUUGCCUGUGGCAGCUUCGCAUCAGCUCAAAACGACCCGAAAUGCUGCAAAGAAAGACACAAUAACAUAUCUCCAACAAACGUGGCAGCUAACUCCCAUUCGGUUCCACCCGCAGCAACAUCGCAUAGACACCACGUCGGAGGAAAGCUGCGAGGGGAAGAAUCUCUCGCAAAGUCUGGGAGGGCAUUUUCUUCAACUGCCCCUCAAAUCGACCACAAAACUUACUUGUGGGGAAGAUACACCGAAAUGAAACGACUCGUGCACGAUUUGAUUCCCCCCGGAGUAUGCAAUCUGCUCAACCCCUCCACCAUCUACGCCAACAAUGAGGUGAACUUGGAAGAGGUGGACAUCUACGGCUUUGAUUAUGAUUACACUCUUGCCCUUUACUCCGACUCUUUGAAUGAAAUGAUCUACAACAAAGCACGACAGUUCCUGAUAGAACACUACAAGUAUCCUCAGGGUAUCAAAAAGUACAACUACAUCCCUAACUUUGCAGCUCGGGGUCUUCAUUAUGAUAUACAGAAGGGUCUUCUGAUGAAAAUAGAUGCCUUCCAUUACAUUCAGAUGGGUACAGUGUAUAGGGGUCUGAAGCCUGUUCCGGAUGAGGAAGUCAUGCGCUUGUAUGGAGGUUCCAACCACGUCCCUCUCCACCAAGUCAGCGGCUUCUAUGGCAAGGGGCCCAAAAUGAAGCAGUUCAUGGAUAUUUUCUCCAUCCCAGAGAUGACACUUUUGGCUGCCGCUAAUGACUACUUCAUUUCCAGUGAUAUCGAAUAUGACCCUGUGCACCUCUACAAAGAUGUGUCUGAUGCUAUUGGAAUGGUGCACAUCAAGGGCUACAUGUACAAGUGGAUAAUGCAAGACCUAGAGAAGUAUAUCCUCAGAGGAGAUGAGACUUAUGCGGUGUUGCAUCGGCUGGCCAGCAAUGGGAAGAAACUCUUCCUUAUUACCAACAGCCCCUUCAGCUUUGUAGACAAAGGCAUGAAGUACAUGGUAGGAAAAGACUGGAGGGACUUCUUUGAUGUCGUUAUUGUUCAAGCCGACAAACCACAUUUUUUUAACGACUGUAUGAAGCCUUUUAGACGUUUGGACAGUAAUGGUGACCUCCAGUGGGACAAGAUAAUGAAUUUGGACAAAGGGCAGAUUUACAAACAGGGAAAUCUGGUUGAUUUUCUGAAGCUAACAGGUUGGCGGGGCUCCAAGGUGUUCUAUUUUGGGGACCAUUUGUACAGUGACUUGGCAGACCUGAUGCUGCGCCAUGGGUGGAGGACAGGUGCGAUCGUCCCUGAGCUGGAGGUGGAAACAAAGGUGGUGAAUACAGAACAGUAUGCGCGGAGUCUCACCUGGCUCCAGGCUCUCACUGGUCUUCUUGAGCGCAUGCAGAUGUACCGAGAUCCCGAGUCCAAAAAAGUGCUCCAGGACUGGCUGAAAGAGAGAGAAGAGCUCCGGGCUAUCACCAAGAACCUGUUUAACCCCCAGUUUGGCAGCAUCUUUCGUACGUGCCACAAUCCCACAUAUUUCUCCCGCCGCCUUUGCCGCUUUUCCGAUCUCUACAUGGCCUCCAUCAGUUGUCUGCUGAACUACGACCUGUCCUACACCUUCUACCCACGGCGCACGCCCCUACAACACGAGGCUCCGCUGUGGAUGGACCAGCUGUGCACAGGCUGCAUGAAAACGCCAUUCCUGGAAGAUAUGGCCCACAUACGCUAAAAAAAAAAAAAAAAAAACUGCCGCCAUAAACUAUCUACAAACGCUGUCGAAUACCGCACACGUUAAACGCUGUCGAAUACUGCACAAAAAAGAAAUUACAGACAAGGAAAGGGUCCUGGACGUGUAGUAAGAAUCAGGGUCACAUCACUUCUGCGAGUAGGAAAAUAAAAGGGCAGUUAUUCCUGCCGUCAGCCCCUGGUGGAAUGGUAUUGUAGUCUUGCAUUUCGAGUCAGGGUGUUGGCCGUGACUGCACCAUCUGCUGGAGUUUCUGUUACUUAGCAUUUGCAGUGUUUACGAGACUUUUACAGACGGUAAAGCUUGUGUGAAGAAGGCUGCAUUUUGCUUGCAAGGACGUGGCGUUGUGCUUUAGCUAGCUAGCUAACACAGAGUGCUCGAGUCUGGAUUGUUUAGAUACCCGUUUUACCAUUUUUUUGUCAGGUACCUCUAAUAUUUUUUUAUAAGAGCAUGAGUUACAAAUGGGUUUAGUUAGGAGACAUGGACUUUUUUUUUUAAUAAAACGCAAGUUGGGAGUGGAUGAGGCACCAUAUACUACUCCAUUAAUGAACGUGAACAAGCUUAAUGAAAAAGUUUGAAAGCCAAGCAUAUUGAAUGUGAUGUUUGCUUUUUUUUUAUAAUCCUUGCAGAACCACUCAAUUGGUUCGUUAGUUACAUUUAAAAAAACAAAUAAAAUAUACAAUAUCUUUUAA